AUGCGUGUGCACCCUCAGCACCCCACCCACACACGCCCCACCACGCCAUCAACACCCGCCCCGCCCACCACGCCACCCAACACAGCCCAACCACCUCACCCACACCAUCCCCACCACACCACCCACACCCACCCCACCACGUCACAACCACCCCCCCCACCAACGCCACGCCACCGCCACCCACACCACCACACUACACCAACCCACACCCGCCCCACCCACACCCGCCCCACCACGCCACGCCACGCCACCCACACCACCACACUACACCACCCACACCCGCCCACCCACACCUGCCCCUACCACGCCUUCCACACCCGCCCCAGCAUGCCACCCACACCCUCCCCACCACACCACACCAGUCAACACACGUACCCACCCACACCGCCCCCACCACGCCACCCACACCACCCCAACACCCACACCCGCCCCACUACACCACCCACACCUCCCCACCACACCACACCAGUCACACACGUACCGCCACCCACACCCGCCCCACCACGCCCACCACACCACCCCAACACCCACACCCGCCCACCACACCACCUACACCCACCCCACCACACCCCUCCCUCCCACAGCACACACCUUACCGCUAUUCUCCUCCCUUUCAUUCCAUAUGUCUUUCCCCUGCCAGUCUACACACCUUUCACUUAA